AUGGGCAACGGGUCCCGGACCAAGCGCAGGGGCGUGCUCCGAGCGGGCAAGGAGGCGCCGCGCAAGCCUGCAGGAAACGGCAAGCCGCUUGCGCGGAAGCCCGCCGCCGCGGCCCCCAUGAGGAAGCCGUCCGCGGCCCCCGUGCGCAAGCCGUCCGCGUUCAUCAGGAGGAAGCCCUCCAGCGUGCCCUACUUGCCGCCGACGGUCCCCGAGGGUGGUCGCUUGGUGUCGGACUCGCACAAGAGCAAACUCUUCCACGUGGAGAUGCCCUCGUUUGUCGAAGUGUUGGGGAUGAGCGAUGCGGACGUGGACCAGGCCCUGCGCGUGGCUGGAUGCAUCCCGCCCACGACCGACCGCACGUGCUGGAAGUGCGGCUACGACAUGGCGGAGCAGGAGAACGGCGACUUCAGAUGCUGGAUAAAAUCGUGCCGUUGCACAAUGAGCGCGUGGGCAUUCACGCCGCUGCUGAACACGGGCCUGACGUCCACGGACUACUACCGCAGCCUAUGGGCGACUGGUUGCGGGCUCGACCAGGCGCAGACUCACCGCGUGACGGGCGUGUCCAGGAAGAAGGUCGAGCUGCUCAUGCCGCGCGUCGCGGAGGCCGCUGCGUGGAAGUCCAUGAGAGAUGCCGACAACUUCCAGCAUUCCACUGGCGAGGUGGAGAUGGACGCGUUCGCUUGCUCGGUUCGCCGCGCUGGCAGUGCCACCCAGAAUGUGCACUCAGGCCGCGGCAUCAUGACCGUGGACCGCGCGACUGGCAAGCGCGUUAUAUUCCCUGCGAAGGACGCGGCCGUGCAGAAGGGCGCCCCGCCUCCUCCCGAGGACGCCGACGACGUCGCCCCCGCCAUGGCGAAGAUUGAUCGGGAGCGCGGCCUGCUCAACACCGAUGGCGCUCAGAUCUACAAGAAGAAGGCCAAGGCCGCUGGCAUCACGCACACGAGGACCAAGCGCAGCAUCAAGCAGUUCGCCAAGACCGAGAAGAUCGGGAUGAAGGGCUUGGGGGCGGCCUUGGCCAAGAUGGCCGCCAAGCGCCACAAGCAGAUGAGGAAUAACAAGAAGCGCACCGCGAGCUCCACGGCCACCACGCGCGCCAAGGGCCCCAUGAAGAGCAUCAAGGGCCCCAUGAAGAGCACCAAGAAACCAGUGAAGAGCGACAAGAGCAUGAAGGGCUCCAAGACGUCAUUCCUCCUGACGCGGUCCUCGAUCAUCAUGGCAGAGGCCAAUAUCGGCGUCGUGAAGACCAGCUUGUACAAGCGCGGCUACCUGGGGAAGCGCAGCGAGAGCAUGCGCAUGAUGCCCCAGCUCUUCUACGAGAACACGCCUGGCUUGACUCCGAUGCUGAACGCCAUGGGGGAGUUCACGAAGUUUUUCUUGGACUCCUGCGACCCGUGGCAGCUGUUCGGCAACGGAAAUUGGAGGGUAGUUCACCAGAAGGAGUGA